AUGGCCGGCCGACCUGUGCCUGUGCCUGUGGAAGGACUUGAAGACAAGAUCCUAUGCAUCAAAGACUUGGAGGAAGCAGGAUCGAAGAAGUUGCCAAAGGCAAUCAGAGACUUCUUCAAUUCCGGCUCUACUGACCAAGUCACUAUCCACGAGAAUAACACCGCCUACAGCAAAUAUCGCAUCCGCAGUCGAGUCCUCAUCGACGUCUCCAAAGCCGAUACGUCCAUUGAGCUCUUCGGCCGCCGCAUCGCCUUCCCAUUGUGCGUGUCCCCAGCUGGAGUUCAAAAAGCCGCCCAUCCAGACGGCGAACUCGCCACAUCUCGAGCAUGCGCCAAGAAAGGCGUCAACCAAGGGAUCUCCUCCUUCGCCAACUACUCCGUCGCCGACAUCCGCACCGCCGGCCUCAGCAACGGGCCCAUUGACCACGUCAUGCAAAUGUACACCUUCAAAGACCGCGAGCUCGAACUGCGCAUGAUCCGCGAAGCCGAAGCCCGCGGCUGCAAAGCCAUCUUCUUGACCGCCGACUCGCCUGUGCUCGGGGUGCGUUACAACGAAUGGCGUGGCAACUUCCGCGUGCCGGAAGGCAUUGCGUUUCCGUGUUUCGGGUGGAGUUCAGAGAAGUUCCGGGAGAAGGCCCACGAUGAUACGUUUACGAGUUUGAACGACGAUGCGCAUUCGUGGGCGAGGGAGAUUCCUUGGUUGAGGAGUGUGACGAAGAUGGAGAUUUGGAUCAAGGGCGUGGUGACGGCGGAGGAUACAUUGAAGGCGGUGGAGACGGGUUGUGAUGGGAUUAUUGUGAGCAAUCAUGGCGGGAGGCAACUCGAUGGCGUCCCGGCGACUAUUGAUGCUCUGCCAGAAUGCGUUGAAGCUGCCGCUGGUCGGAUCAGAGUCCAUAUUGACGGUGGCAUUCGCUCCGGCGCAGAGAUGUUCAAAGCGUUGGCGUUGGGCGCAGAGUGCUGCUGGGUAGGACGACCAGCACUUUGGGGUUUGGCGUACGACGGCCAACAAGGCGUUGAGAUCAUGCUCGACACCUUCUACACUGAGUUCAAGCGAUGCAUGCAGUUGGCGGGCUGCAACAGUAUCAAGGACAUCACCAAGUCCUGCCUGGGUGUCGUGAGAAGUGACGGACCGCUGGCAAGGCUCUGA